AAUGCCGUCGUAACUAGAAGUCGUACAGCACAUUGGUGCUUAUAAUUCAUUUUAAUCAACCAAACCAAGUACUCAAUUAACGGUUCAACAUCUUAAUAACAUACAGUACCAACAGUGUUUAUUCAUUCACGUAGAAUACAGUCAAAUACCUAUCACUAGUGAAAAUCAUAAGUUUAUUUCCCGCUCGUGGAUUAUAUCUACAAUCAAAUACUUAACUAUUUAUAUGUAUGAUAAAAAUGAGAGCGAAAGAUCAAAAUACCAAAAAUGGUUCCGUCCAUAAGCAAUGGAUUAUUGGCUUUAUUUCAACAACAAUGAUUCUCACAUACGGGUUGCAAAGUGGUUGGAUGUCGCCCACGAUCAACACGCUGCAGUCGGAGCGUAGUCCUUGCGGCCGGCCGCUCACCACAAAUGAGAUCUCACUCGUCGCCGGUCUGAUCAGCAUGGCCGCUAUCACCACGGCAGUAAUAUUCGGAUAUAUAGCCGAUUACAUAGGCCGCCGCAAGACUUUGAUUCUGAUAGUCAUUCCUCAGAUUCUCGGUUUUGCAUUGAAGUUAGUGUCAGCCCAUCCCAUAUGCCUAAUGGUAGCGCAGGCCUGCUGCGGUAUCGCUGGCGGCGGCGUGUACUGCGUUACUCCUACAUACGUAAAGGAGAUUGCACAGGACUCUAUAAGAGGCGUUUUGGGAUGCUCUGGUAUUCUUUUACAGAGUCUCGGUUUGGUGAUAAUGUACGCGAUGGGAGCAUACAUGGAAUACUACACAGUACUCUGGAUAGUGGUGUGGCUACCUAUUAUAAAUAUAAUCGCGCUAUUCCAAAUACCGGAGUCACCGGCGUUCUUAGUGAAGACAGGAAAAGUUGAGGAAGCCACAAACGUGAUGGCUUGGCUGAGAGGAGUGGAAGAAGACCACAAAGAAGUGGAGCGAGACAUUACCAUAUUACAAAACGAAAUGAUGGCGUCGGAGAACCUCCCAGCAGUAACAUGGAAGUCUAUCCUAUCAGACAAGGUGUCACGGAGAGCUCUUGGGUUAUCCUUCCUUUGUAUGACUAUGCUGGACUUGGGAGGCAAUUAUGGCAUUGUUGCUUAUGCAUCAGUAAUCUUAAAACAAUCGGGGGUGACAUUUUCUCCGGAGCUACAAGCAUUAUCAUUUCCCAUUCUCAUGACGUUGGGGUCUUUAAUAUCAGCGGUUACAAUAGAAAAAUUCGGAAGAAAGCCUUUAAUAAUGGUUAGCGCCAUUUUCACCGGAACGCCGCUGGCUGUGUUGGGCGCCAUGUUGCUCGUGGUGAAGAGCGGGGGCUCCAUGCCGCCUUGGAUACCGGUCGCGUGUAUUGGGAUCUGCUUGUACGCUAGCGGGCAGAUGAUGUCUCUCCCGUUUAUCGUCAUGUCGGAAAUGUUCAACGUACAGCUGAGGACUAAAGUUCUCGGCCUUCUCUCGACCUACGGCUGGUCUCUCGCUGGGCUGCAAACACUUUUGUUCGCGCCGAUUACGGAACGCUUCGGCAUGUACACUAUAUUUUUUACAUUUGCCUUAGUUAACGCAAUAGGAACUCUUAUUUGCGCAAUUACAAUGCCGGAAACUAAAGGAAAGACUCUAGCGGAGAUCAAUAAAGAAUUACUAGGCAGAAGAAAAUAAACAUAUUUAUUAACUACGUGUUACAAUUUAAAUAGGUACAAUUUUACACUAUACUCUAAACACCAGCCAAUCGUCACACACAGCCCACAUAUAAACGCCAAUCCCAGACAAACUCCAUGAAAGCCAACUCCGAUGGUACGGGCAUGUAAUGCGUCGAGAAAAAGAUCACCCGGUAAAAAUUGCUGUUGAAAUUGAUAUAAGCAAACAACCAUCAGGACGCCCUAAAGCCAUCUGGCUGGAGCAACAGUCUCUAAAAAUACCAGCAACCUAGUUAGGUUGGUAGGGUUUACUAUGACAGAGCCAAAUGGCGUAAGGAUAUUCAGAGAGCCGACCCCAAAUGAAAUGGGAAUAGGUAUGGAGAAAGAAGAAGAAGGAGAAGACCCUAAACUAAAUUAAGUCCCAACGACAAGGGCGCUGCAAAACAACCAGUAUGGAGAUACCGCGCUUUAGCUAUAGGUAUUGAUAUUGCACACAGUGUUGUUUUACGACUUUGCGAAUUAAUGAUGAUACACAUCAAUCAUUAUCAUCAUCGAUUGCAAUUCCUACAUUUCCUACAUCAGGGCCCAUAAUUGUUUGUUUUAUUUUACAUAUUUAGCCCUAUCAAACUGUUUUAUACCUUCCAUCUACUCGCAUGUAAAUUAUUAUUUACAUGCUAUACUUAGCGGGAUAAAAUAAAGCAUCGGUUA